AAUCACGAUCAGUCUUCGUCUCCUAUAAGAGUUGGGUGCGUCCGUAAAGGCACACGAUACAUACUGCAGAGCUUCAGAGAUGAUGCCUCUUUGUGUUUUUCUUGCAAUUCUCUAUAAAAUCUGUCAGGUGCUAGCUGCUCACAAGACCUCAAGUGUAAUUCAGGAGAGUGGAAUCAAGAUUGCUAAAGUCGGGGAGAAUGUAACAAUAACAUGCAUUUGUCAAGAUGAUGCUGUAACUUUCCUUUCUUGGUACCAGCAAAGCCUGGGUGGCAAACCUAACAUCAUAUCAACUCGGAUGAAGCACAGCCCAGAAGCUGAUAUCUAUGCACAGUAUAAAGACAGGUUUAAAGUCCUUGUAGAAGGUCCAAAAGAAUAUCUCAAAAUCACAAACCUCAGCCUGUCAGAUUCAGGGACGUAUUACUGUGGGGUUUUAGUCUUUAACGCUAUUGAAUUUGGACAAGGAGUUUUCCUUCAUGUCAAAUCACCAGCGACCAGCAUUGGAUCUGCAAUAGACCAGCCAACGUUGAAGCCGCUUCGCUUGGGGGACUCUUUGAACUUGACCUGCACAGUGGAAGCUGAACCAUGUGCAGGAGAGCUGAACCUUUACUGGUUCAGGCAUGGAGCGUCUCAGUCUACAGUCAUGUAUCCCAGCGAGGGACACGUGUGUGCAGACAUCUCACAGGAAACACCUCACAGGAGAAAUUGCACUUUAAAUCUUGCAAUAAAGUCAGUGAGCUCUGCUGAUGCUGGGAUCUACUACUGUGCUUUGGCCUCCUGUGGAGAGAUUAUUUUUGGAAAUGGAACAAAGGUUGAGAUUGCAGGUUUCCCUGUCUUGGUUUAUGUCCUGAGCGCGGCAUUAGGAGGUUCCAUUAUUUUGCUCUUUGUCUUGGCUUUCAUCAUGUACAAGCUUAGGAAAAACAUGUGCUCUGUCUGCAAAGGAGCUGUUCCUCAUCAAACCUGUACAGUCUCAGAUGCAGUGAGCCAAGAUGCAGACAGCCUCCACUAUGCAGCUCUGAGUCUGAAGAGGAGCAGUAAACAACAUCGUCAAGAAGAAAACUUGGAUAAUAUUUGUGUGUACUCUAGAGUAAAGAGCAGAAAAGUGUGAAUGGAUGCAAAGAUACACACUGCCAAAUGUAAAAUCAUGUAAAAUAAAAUAUAUUUUGUAUGUACCAGCUGGAUGACUAAUAACUUUUGUGAGCUCAGCAAAAUCACAUAGCUCAGCAUUGUUAUACAUAGACUAUCAAACUGAACCCAAAUGUAGUGUAGAGAAGCAUAAAACCCCCCACGAUCUAUUAAUACCUUCGUAAAUGCAGGUCACAGCUACAGUAAGUUCUCACUGUUUACCUUUCACUUCUGUGGUCAAGGUGAUCUGAGCGACAGAGUAUAAGUUUCCACUGGUGGAAACAUAAGUCCUACGAGAGCUUAAACACAGGAAGACCUGGCUGUUGCCCCCUGGCCACAUAACCUCUCAUGUUUGCAAGCCCACUCUCACAAGACCUGCUGUGUACGUGAAAAACUAAAAGCAAUCGGCAAUAAACUACGAUUAUGAAAAAAAGAUUGAAGGAGAAGGAUUUCUUUUACAUACCUUCAGCUUCAACUGUGUGAAUGCAUUUCUUGCUCCACAGGAAGCUGCUCCUUUGUAAAAACAGCAGUCAUCCAUAACCGCUGAACAGUUUCAGUUCCCUAAAAGUACAGAAGCUUGACCCAAAGCUUCACUUUUUAGGAAAGUCAUUAUAGUUUAAAGUUAUCUGCUGCUUAGUUGUUUUUGUAAAAUAUUAAAAAAUAAAACCCAGAGCCAGAGUUGUGGCCCUGCAUUAUUUGCAAUGAACUGAGCAUCCAUUCAUUAAAACAAAACAAAAACAUGUUUUAUGUUUCUAACAUUUCAAACUAAAUGGUGGGUAACAGUAGCAUCUCGACCCAGUACAACGGUUUGCUCUCAGACUGCAGGCUUACUUUUUCAAAUCAGUUCAGUUUUAUUUAUAUAGUGCCAAAUCACAACAACAGCCACAUCAAG